UACUAAUAAGUAUUAUAAAGCAAAAUAGGAGAUGGAAUUUUCUGACUAAUUUUUUUUUAAACAGAAAAUGGUCAACCUGAGGGAAUGUUGGAUUCCCCACAGGCCACAGUGGAAGGUUAGCAAAUCCAAUCAAAGCAAUCCCAAAACUUGUUCUUUCUAUCUGACACGAAAAACCUGCCUAACCCCACCUAGUAAACAAAAAUUAAAAAUUGAUUAGGAAUCUAAUUACACUAAAAUAUACAGUGCUUAACAGUUAAUAAUGGGGUAUUAAAUGGAUGAUUAAAAGAAAAUUUUCUUUAUCAAAUCAGCUUUUGAUGUUAUCUAGAUUUGGUGAAUGUUAGCUUUUAUAUAUUCUUUCUUCUCUGCUUUUCAUUGAACCAGUGACAGGCAUGUUACUUCUCUCCUAGUGGCUUUUUUUUAAACUAUCAGUCUCUGGUUUUCCUUGGCUCCUGGACAGGAAGAUGAGAGUGAGUGGAGAUUCUAUUCUUUUAUAGGAACCAUGGGUACUGUCACUGCUUGAUGUAAACAUUGCAAAACAACAACACAAUCCUACUUGAGCAUUACUUCAGUUUGAAUCUUUUCUUACAAAACUUCUACCAGCUCCUUACUGCUUCCUAGUGCCCUUCAUACAAAAGAAGCUUGUUUUUUUUUUUUUUUUCUUUUACCUUGCUUUCUUGGAGCUCCAAUUACUGAAGCAAUGGAAUUCAGGAAAGAGAAGUUUGCUUUGAGUUGUGUUGCCUUGCUCUGCUUGUGGACUUCUGCAUGUGGAUUGCUUUCACCAAAAGGUGUUAACUUUGAAGUGCAAGCUUUAAUGGGCAUAAAAGCUUUUCUGGUUGAUCCUCAUGGGGCUCUUGACAAUUGGGAUGACGCUGCUGUUGAUCCAUGCAGCUGGGAUAUGGUCACUUGCUCUUCUGAUGGUCUAGUCGUUGGCCUAGGAGCUCCAAGCCAGAAUUUGUCUGGUACUCUUGCCCCUACCAUCGGAAACUUGACAAAUCUCCAGCUUGUGCUCCUACAGAAUAACAAUAUAUCAGGAAAUAUAACAUCGGAAUUAGGGAAGCUGCCGAAGCUUCAAACACUUGAUCUUUCCAACAACAACUUCUCCGGUCAAAUUCCCGGCACUCUAACCCAUUUAAAAAGCCUGCAAUACCUGAGGCUGAAUAAUAACAGUCUCUCAGGAGCAAUACCUUCCGCCUUGGCAAACAUGACUCAGCUCACUUUCCUGGACUUGUCUUUCAAUAAUUUGAGUGGUCCAAUGCCAGGGUUGCUUGCAAAAACAUUCAACAUUAUCGGAAACCCAUUGAUCUGUUCCGCGGGGACUGAGCAAGACUGCUCCAGAACAAGACCAAUGCCAAUGUCUUUUUCCUUAAACAAUUCUCAAAACUCACAACUUUCUGGACGAUCCAAGAGACACAAAAUUGCUUUAGCCUUUGGCUCAAGCCUAGGCUGCAUCUGCCUACUUAUUCUUGGCUUUGGUUUCCUUCUUUGGUGGAGGCAAAGACAUAACCAGCAAAUAUUCUUUGAUGUUAACGAACAACAUCAAGAAGAAGUUUGCCUUGGAAACUUGAAGAGGUUCCAUUUCAAGGAACUUCAGGUAGCUACUAACAACUUCAGUAGCAAGAACUUAGUUGGAAAAGGAGGUUUUGGAAAUGUAUAUAAAGGGUAUCUCCAGGAUGGAGCAGUAGUAGCCGUAAAAAGGCUUAAAGAUGGAAAUGCCAUUGGAGGUGAAAUCCAAUUUCAAACUGAAGUUGAGAUGAUAAGCCUAGCAGUUCACCGCAACCUCCUUCGGCUCUACGGAUUUUGCAUGACAGCAACGGAGAGACUUUUAGUUUACCCCUACAUGUCCAAUGGAAGUGUUACAACUCGCCUCAAAGCCAAACCAGCCUUGGAUUGGGGGACAAGGAAAAGAAUUGCUUUAGGAGCAGCUAGGGGCUUAUUGUACUUGCACGAGCAGUGUGACCCAAAGAUAAUUCACAGGGAUGUUAAGGCAGCAAAUAUACUUCUUGAUGAUUACUGUGAGGCCAUAGUUGGAGAUUUUGGAUUGGCAAAGUUUUUGGAUCACCGGGAUUCACAUGUUACAACAGCUGUGAGGGGCACUGUGGGACAUAUAGCCCCGGAAUAUCUAUCAACUGGGCAGUCCUCUGAGAAAACAGAUGUUUUUGGGUUUGGUAUUCUUUUAUUUGAGCUGAUAUCUGGACUGAGGGCUCUCGAAUUCGGGAAGACGGCUAACCAGAAAGGAGCCAUGCUUGACUGGGUAAGAAAAAUUCACCAAGAAAAGAAACUUGAGAUGCUAGUUGACAAGGAUCUGAAGAACAACUAUGAUAGGAAUGAGCUUGAAGAAAUGGUUCAGGUGGCACUUUUAUGCACUCAAUACCUUCCAAGUCAUAGACCCAAGAUGUCAGAAGUGGUUCGGAUGCUAGAAGGUGAUGGACUUGCUGAGAAGUGGGAAGCAUCUCAGAGAGCUGAAGCAACCAGGUCAAGAGCCAAUGAAUUCUCCUCUUCAGAGAGAUACUCUGAUCUUACCGAUGACUCUUCCUUGCUGGUUCAAGCAAUGGAGCUCUCCGGACCAAGAUGAGAUGCACCUUUGAAAGGGGAGAAAGAAUCAUAAAUUGUCUAAAAGAAAAAGCUUAAAACGAAUCUCAUGAGCCAUGACAGGAACGUGUUGAAAUGAACGUUUGUAUAGUAUCGUAAUACUGGAAACUCUAAAUCUGUCUCAUUUCUGAUUGUAAAGAUUUGGAUUCAAGCAAAAAUUGACAAAUUUAGGUUGAGUGUUACAUUUUCUGCUUCUGGUGAGUGAAGAAUUUUUCUGGAGAUGUUUUACUGUGAGUUACUUGUAAUAAAAAUCCUAUUCAAAUGAAUCUGUUUGCUCCUAAAAUUUAAUGCAGCCGUGGACAGGAAGUUUAAAGAGUUAUCAGUGGUACUUAUCACUAUCCCAAAUUUCAAGUUUUACACACAACAGUAAGUUCAUAUAUGUGCAUGUAUCUAUGCAUGC